CAUACUGACCCACGGAGCGGUGGCACUGCGCCGUGACUAUGGGGCCUCUGGAGGGCCAAACUUUGUCACCAACUGCAUGACGGAAGCCAAUCAAACACACAGGGUGCGGGGGAGGAUGAGGUAUUUCAGCAACAUCACGUUGGGUGGCAGAGACUACUCUUUCGACAGUGACGGUUACCUGGCCAACCCCGUCCUAGAAGUAAUCUCCUAUACACCUGGCAAAGGCUGGGAGGAUGUAGGGAUGUGGGAGAACGGUAAGUUGGAUUUGGUUUAUCCAGCGUGGUCGCGUUACGGUCCAUUCCUCCAACCGCCUGAUGGCGCCCAGCACCUGCGCGUGGUCACUCUGGAGGAACGUCCGUUUGUCAUCGUGGAGCUGGCUGAUGCCGCCUCCAACACCUGCAUCAGAGACUCUGUACCCUGCCGACGACCCCUCAACGCCAGUAUUCCUGUCCAGGAUCCCCCAAAGAAACAGUGCUGUAAGGGCUUCUGCAUCGACAUCCUCAAACGAUUGGCCAAGAUCGUUGGUUUCACCUAUGACCUCUACUUGGUGACCAAUGGAAAGCACGGGAAGAAGAUUGAUGGAGUGUGGAACGGCAUGAUUGGAGAGGCCAGUAAAACGUGAAUGAUUGAUUAGACAUUGGUAGGCUACAGUACGUUGUUCUUCUUGACCAUAAUAGUUGUUGGGAAAAGGUCAAAGCUACUUUCCACAGCAGCUGUCGCCAGAGAGGAGAAGAGCACUGAGACUUGGCACAGUGCCUGCUGCCAUUACAAAUAACAUUUGAUUGAUUGGAUGGCUGAUGGAUUAGAGUGAGGUCACAUGACUGAGGCCCUCUGGUUCAGAGGUUAUGAUUUAUGGAAGUUAAGGACCUCGUAAGGUGGUUUUUCUUCCUGGUUGGAAGGUCAGGAUUGCUGUUUCUGUGUGUUUCACUGUUGUUCGACUAUAGCUCUGCAUGAGAAUGUACGUGUGUGUAGCACUGCACAUGUGUUUGUGUUGUUCCUCAGUGUGUGUGUGUGUAGGUUGCUGUAGCUUAACUUAGUGUGUGUGUGUGUGUGUGUGUGUGUGUGUGUGUGUGUGUGUGUGUGUGUGUGUGUGUGUGUGUGUGUGUGUGUGUGUGUGUGUGUGUGUGUGUGUGUGUGUGUGUGUGUGUGUGUGUGUGUGUGUGUGUGUGUUUGUUGGCUGUGCAUAUUCAAGCGUUCCCUGGCCUAUGAUGCUGCCUCCGGGCCAAC